AUGUCUUCCUGGGUGAUUACCGGAGUUUCGCGUGGCCUUGGUUUCGAGUUCGUCCGCCAGAUCUCCCAAAACCCAUCGAAUACUGUCUUCGGCCUCGUCCGCGACAAAGCAGCUGUCGAUUCCAAGGUUGCUGCUGAAAUCGGCCGGGACAAUAUUCACAUCAUUCAGGCCGAUACCACAGAUCCAUUGGCAAUAGAGAAGGCAGUUCAGUAUGUCUCUGAGAGAACUAACGGUACCCUUGACUACAUUGUAGCCAAUGCCGCGCUUCAAGCUAAGACUGCAUUGGUCGGCUUUGAUACUCUAAGCCACGACCCCAAAGCCCUCGAAAAAGACGUAAUUGACCACUUCCGCGUCAACACCAUCGGCGCAAUCCACGUAUUCAACGCUUUCAUGCCUCUGAUCUUAAAAGGACGCGCGAAGAAAGUAAUCGCAAUAUCCACGGGCAUGUCGGAUCCAGAGAUGACACUCAAAGCAGAUAUAUACCAAGCCGCGUCCUAUGCAAUGAGUAAGGCAGCUCUGAAUAUGGCAGUGGCCAAGUUCAGCGCUCUGUAUCGCGAGAAAGGCGUACUUUGCAUGGCUAUUUGCCCUGGUGCUGUGGAUACAGGCAGUCUUAAUAUUGAAACCGAGGAGGAGGGACAACUAGCCAUGGCUAUGUUUGGGAAGUUCAAGCAAUACUCACCCACGUUCCAAGGGCCUAUGAAGCCCGAAGACAGCGCCAAGUCGGUCUUGGCUCUCGUAGACAAGGCUACUGUUGACGGUGGUUAUGCAGGCGUCUUUCUGUCUCAUACGGAAUCGAAGCCGUACCUUUGA